AUGAAUUCAAAUGAACAAAACAUUAUUCAUCACUUAGAUACUACUACUACUACUACUACUACUACUACUACAAUAUUACCAUUAUGUAAUUCACGUAAAUCAUCUAAAUUAUAUUCAUUUAAUGAAAAUAUAAAUAAUUAUGAAUUAAGUCUUAAUGAAGCACAAUUAUUAACAGAAGAAACAUCGAAAAAAUUAAAUCAAAUAAAAUAUAAAAUGAAUUCAUCGCAUAAAAUUUAUUGUUGUUGCCAUGGUAACAAUUAUCAUCGAAAAUGUAGAAAUAAUAAAAUAAAUCCAGAAGAAAAUUUAAUUCAUUUAACAAAUCGUGGUGAAAUAUUAGAGAAUCCAAAUCUUAUAUUUAAUUAUGUUAAAGCAAAUGAAACAGAAAGACUCGUUGAAAUCUUAGCUUACAAUCCAUUAAUAAUAAAUCAAUGUGACUCAAAUCAACGUACUUUACUUCAUUAUGCUGCAAUGAAAGGUUAUUUGGAUUGUACAAGUGUUUUAGUUGCACAUAAAGCAAGGAUUAAUGAACCAGAUCAAUAUGGUAAUCUUCCAAUACAUUUAGCUGUUAAAGAAGGACAUUUACUUGUAGUACGUUAUCUAUUAAGUAUUAAUGCUGAUCCAACUAAACCAAAUAAAGAUGGUCUAUUACCAAUACAUAUAGCAUGUGAAAAAAAUUAUUUCGAUAUAUUAAAGGCAUUAUUAGAAUUGGAUAGUGUUAAUGUAAAUGCAGAAGGUGAACGAGGAGCAUCACCAUUACAUUAUUGUUGUAUACAUGACAGUGUGGAAUGUAUGGAGAUACUUUUAAACAAAGGGGCUAAUAUAUUCUCAUAUGAUUUAGAGCAUACCUAUCCGGUACAUGUUGCUAUAGCUAAUGUUAGUCGUAAAUGUUUAAAUUUAUUAUUUAAAAUGGAAGCUUAUUUACAAGGGAACAAUUUAAAUCGAUCAAUAGAAUCACAUGAAAUGAAAUCAUCGAUCACUAUGGCAACACAACGUACCCAUGUAUUACGUAAUAAUAAUAAUAAUAAUAAUAAACACAUAGUGAAAUAUGAUUUAGAAAAUCAAAGUCAAUUUAAUCAAUCUGAUAUAAAAAAGAAAUCGAUCGAUUUAAAUCAAUCUGAUUAUCAACGAAGUCAACAAGAGAAUUGUUUAAUUCAUUUAACUGAUUGUGAAGGUGAAACUCCAUUACAUGCAGCAGUUACAUCAGGGAAUUCAGAUAUGGUUAAAUUUUGUUUAGAGCACAAUGCAUUUAUAUUAGCUAAACAAAAUGAUGAUUCAACACCGGUACAUUAUGCAUGUAUGAAAGAUGAUUUAGAAUGUGUUCAAUUAAUGUUUGAAGCGGAUCCAUCAAUUAAAUCAAUUGUUCUACAAAUGCAAGAUAAAAAUGGUUAUACACCAUUACAUUUAGCCGCUGUUUAUAAUCAUGAAAAACUGGUUACAUAUUUAGUUGAACAGGGUUCGCCUUUAGAAAUGACUGAAACAAAUGGAUGGACACCAUUAUUAUUAGCUGCUAUGAAAGGAGCUUUUCAAACAUGUAUUCAAUUACUUCGUCUUGGAGCAAAUCCCAAUGCACAUGAUUCCAGUAAUCGUAAUUUAGUUCACUUAUUGAUGUUAUUUCAAGGUCCAGGAAUCAGGACAGUCCUACCAGAGGUGAAUGAUGAGGAAUUAUUUAAACGAUUAGUCAAUGAAAAAGAUAAAUAUGGUACAACACCAUUACAUUAUUCAACUAAAAUGGGUAAUUUAGGUGCUACAAUAGAAUUUGUACUACGUGGUGCUUCUGCAUUAGAACGUGAUAAUGAACGUAAUACAUCAUUACAUACAGCUGCAUAUUAUGGUCGUUUACAUACAUGUGAAAAAUUAUUAGCUACAUCACAUGGUAUGAGAGCAAUGAAUUGUCCAGAUGCUGUUGGACGUUUACCACUUCAUGUUGCAGUUGAACAUGGACAUAUAGAAAUUGUGAAAAUGUUUAUUGAUCGAGGUUGUCUAUUUCGAAAAUGCCAUUUAGGUAAUACACCAUUACAUUAUGUUUCAAUUGGUGGUUGUAUAAAAAUAUGCAAAUUAUUAUUACAAUCAAGUCCAUCUUUAUUGAAUCAAACAAAUUUUCACGGAAUGACUGCAUUACAUUAUGCUGCCAAAGAGAAUAAUGCAGAAGUAUUAGAUUAUUUACUGACAUCAAAGCAAAAAUUUUACCUGAUAAAGAUGCUUGUUUUGGAUCAGUGUAUUAAAGAAAUUGGCACGAAAAAUACUCUUGAUCAUGAAAUAUUCUAUGACUUUUCAAUACUUCAACGACCCAUGAAUCCUUGUGAAAAACCACCACAAGAUCCUAUGAAACGUAUCAAGUUAAUGGUCGAGUUGAAACGUGAAGAGUUAUUAAUUCAUCCACUUUGUAAAGCAUAUUUAGAAAGAAAAUGGCAAACUUAUGGACGUUGGGUUCAAUUAUGUGCAAGUGUUUAUUAUGCUGUUUUAUUAUUUGCAAUUACUUGUUUGGUUUUGGGUCAUAGUCCAAUACGUCAUGUAGAAAAUAUUGACAAAAUAUCAAGUUGUUCUGAACUGUUUUAUGAAACACCAACAAGAAUGUAUAUAUUUUCAACGAUUGCUGCAAUUAUCUUAGUUCUAACAGCUUUAGAUUUAAACAUUAAAAUAUGGCAAUUAAUAACUCAGAAAUAUGAAUAUUUUAAAGAUUGGAAUAAUUAUUUAGAAUUUUUAUUAAAUGCAUUAGCAAUGACUUAUUCAGCAUUAACAAUAAAGAAUCAUUUAAAUCAUCAUUAUAUUGAAUUAGGUGUAGUUGUGAUGUUUUUGGCAUGGUUUAAUUUUCUAUUACAAAUGAUGAGAUUUAAACAUGUUGGAAUAUUUGUUGUCAUGUUUUUGCAUGUAUUUGCAACUGUUGGAAAGUGUUUAGUUGUAUUCUCUGUGGUGUUUAUUGCAUUCGCAUUGUCAUUUCAUGUUUUGUUUAGAACUCCGAAUUAUUCAGACACAAUAACAUCAUCAUCAUCAUCAUUGAAUCAAUCAAUAAUCGAUUAUUGUUUUCCAAUAAUUCAUGAUAUUGAUUUUAAUAAUAAUAAUAAUAAAACAAAUUUCUCAAUAUCAUUAGAAUUGAAACCAUUUCAAUAUUUAAGUUUAUCUUUAUUUAAAACUUUAAUGAUGAUGUUAGGUGAAUAUGAGCAUACAGCAACUAUUAUAGAACCAUAUAUAGGAAAUCAUUCAUUUCAAUUACAUUAUCCAUUGAUAACAUUCUUUUUCUAUACAACAUUUAUAUUUCUUGUACCAAUUAUAUUAAUGAAUUUAUUAAUUGGUUUAGCUGUUGGUGAUAUUGAAAAUGUUCGAAGAAGUGCUGUACAACAUUUAAUUUCUCAACAAGUUUAUUGGUUAGCUGAUUUAGAACCAAAAUUAACUGGAAUAUUUCGUUCUAAAUUAUAUAAAUCAAAUUGGAUGAAAAAAACUAAAUUAAAUAAGACUACAGGAUUCUUAGAUAAAUCUGGAUUCGAAACGACAUAUGAAGAAAAUCUAAUACAAAAGUAUCUUAAAGAAGCAGUUAAAAUAAUAACUUCUAUUGACAAAGAAACUAAAUUACAAACAACUAGAAUGGCUGCAAUCAUUGAAAAGUUAGAAAUUCGAUCAAAAGAAUUCAAUAUUGAUGAAGGUGUCUAUCCAAGAGGGGUUUCUGGUUUGGAUCGAAUUAUGGAAAUGGAUUAUGCAAUUCAUUGAUGAGUAAACAAAAGAAUCGGACGAAAUGAAGAUGAAGAUUUCAUUAAAUGAAUGUUUUACUUGUCUUAAACUAAUUUACAUUUUCAUUAGAGCAUAAUGUUAAAACUUCACUGAAAUCAGGAAUCUAUCUGAUAAGUCUUACGAAUUGAACGCUAUAUUCAUCUCCUAAGCUGUUCUGUAACCCUCAAGCUAG